AUGGGACCAGGUAACAAUACACAAAUUUCAGAAUUUCUUCUUCUGGGACUUUCAGAGGAACCAAAACUGCAGCCCCUCAUAUUUGGGAUUUUUCUCUCCAUGUAUCUGAUCAUUGUGUUUGGAAACCUGCUCAUUAUCUUGGCCGUCAGCUCAGACUCCCACCUCCACACCCCCAUGUACUUUUUCCUCUCCAAUCUGUCCUUUGUAGACAUCUGUUUCACCUCUACCACCAUCCCAAAGAUGUUGUGGAAUAUUCAGACCCAGAGCAAAGUCAUAACCUAUGAAGGCUGCAUCACCCAGAUGUAUUUUUACAUUUUCUUUGGAGAAUUAGAUGACUUCCUCCUGACAGUGAUGGCCUAUGACUGCUUUGUGGCCAUCUGCCACCCUUUGCACUACAUGGUCAUCAUGAACCCCCGGUUCUGUGGACUGCUGGUUCUGAUAUUCUGGGUAAUGAUUGCUAUGUAUUCCUUGUUACACAGCUUAAUGGUGUUGCAAUUGUCCUUCUGUCCAGAUGUGCAAAUCCCCCACUUUUUCUGUGAACUGAAUCAGGUGGUACAACUUUCCAAUUCUGACAACUUUUUAAAUAACAUGGUGAUCUAUUUUGCAGCUGUCCUGAUGGGUGUUGGUCCUUUUGCUUGUAUCCUUUACUCUUACUCUAAAAUAGUUUUCUGCAUACGAGGAAUCUCAUCAGCUCAGGGGAAGUAUAAAGCAUUUUCCACCUGUGUGUCUCACCUCUCGGUUGUCUCCUUAUUUUAUUGUACGGCCUUAGGAGUGUACCUUAGCUCUGCUGCUACCCACAGCUCACUCUCAAGUGCAACAGCCUCGGUGAUGUACACUGUGGUCACACCCAUGCUGAACCCCUUCAUCUACAGUCUGAGAAAUAAAGACAUAAAGAGGGCUCUGAAGAGACUCUAUCUGAUGCCAAGUAUAAAAUGGCCAAUUGUACUAGGGGUGAUGAAGUGCCCUUGA